AUGCCUCUUCCCAAGAAUGAAUAUUUGAGCGACACCUGGAAGGAUGGGAUUUUUGAAAACAAGGUAGUCUUCUGCACAGGUGGUGCUGGAACUAUUUGUAGUGCUCAGGUUCGGGCCUUGGUUCAUCUCGGUGCCAAUGCCUGCAUCAUCGGUCGCAACGUCGAGAAGACUGAGCGCGUCGCUAAGGACAUCGCGACGGCCCGACCCGGUGCUAAGGUCAUUGGUAUUGGUGCCGUUGACGUGCGCAAGCUUGAUAGUCUGCAGCAAGCAGUCGAACGUUGCGUCAAGGAGCUCGGAGGCAUUGACUUUGUCAUCGCCGGAGCAGCGGGCAACUUCCUCGCCUCGAUUGAGCAACUUUCCGUCAAUGCCUUCAAGUCAGUCAUGGACAUCGAUGUCUUGGGGUCAUAUAACACCCUGAAGGCCACCCUUCCUUAUCUGCAGGAGUCAGGCCGCAAGCAUAGAAUGGAUUCCAAAUCUCUUCAACCAGCGCCAGGAGGCACCGGCGGAAGGAUCAUUUUCGUCAGCGCCACUCUUCACUACCGAGGCCAGCCCUUCCAGGCCCAUGUCUCCGUUGCCAAAGCCGGUAUCGAUGCCUUGUCGCACAGUGUCGCCAUCGAGUACGGCCCCCGCGGCAUUACUUCUAACAUUAUCGCACCGGGUCCUAUUGCACAGACUGAGGGUCUGGAGCGCCUACUGCCAUCAAAUGCCCUGGAAGCGUACACCAAGUCUCAACCCCUCGGCCGCUUUGGUCACGUCCGCGACAUUGCGGAUGCCACUGUGUAUCUGUUCUCAGAUACUGGCAGCUAUGUCACAGGUCAAACCCUUGUCGUUGAUGGUGCGAACUGGCGCAUGUCGGCAGGCGGUGCUUCCGGUGGAGAAUUGUCUUACCCAGACUUCUUGCUCUCCGGAGAUGAGGUGCCUAAUGUAACUGGCAAGAAGUCGAAGUCUAAGCUCUGA